CAUCUUCUUUCUUGAGCAUCUAUGCAAAAGACGCAAUCAAAGGAAAAAAAGUUUCUCCUACAAAACUUAUCAAAGGCGUCACUUCCCGUCUGGCACAUGGACGGGACAUGACGUCACGAGUCACGUGGUACGUCCCCAACAGCGGGACUCCAAAACAAAUGAGCUAUUCAACUCAAAAGUUCGGAAAUCCUAAGACGACUGCCUUGGAUGAGGGAAUUAAGAAAAACUUAUCACGAUUUCUACUUUAGCGAAUGGAUACCAUCGUGGAUUUAUAGUUUAAAAUGUUUACAGAAAUUCAUUUUCUUUUUCUUGUGCAAACUUCUUUCGACAGGGUGGUAGCAUUGGGACAAAAUUCAUGUUGAUAUUCAUUCCCCCCUCUCUACUCAGUCCCCAGUCUUUUUCAAGUUCGGCAACACAUCUGACAAUCAUUUGGCCAAUGGAUUUAGUUAUAUGAGUACCACGUGACCCGAUCUGGAAGUUAUUUAAUCGGAUUCUGGAUGCCAUGUCCGGGUCCCGAAGGUUCCUUCUCUUCCUAGUAUUGGCCUGUGUGACAUGCGUCGUAUUGGUCCAAAUUACCAUGGACGGGAAGAGUACUGGAAAUAGAUUUUUCCCUCCCUACUGGGACACUUCGAAUCUCAAAGAUAUCAAAUCGUUACAUUUCAAUUACGCCAAUCUGACGGCCUCAGCACCCGAACCAGCAAAAAUCUACCCACCUACUUCUUUCAAAUCAACUACAGCUAAACCAACUCAUCGUGUUUCGGAGUUUUACCCAAAAUCGACACCUUCAACAAACAAGGUGAAACCAACUGUCACAGGAAAAGGUCAAGUACAAAAACUACCGUUUGGUAGAAACUUGGCUCAACAAGAACCAAAGAUAUUAGUUAGCAGACAAGAGCGUCUUAGAGAACUUCUGAAACAAAGCAGUGUCAUGCAUAGACGGCCCACUCUAGAUCCAAUGAGAUCCUUAAAAUCCAUUCCUCUCACCGAUCCAUCUAAAGUCACCCGAGUUUUCAUCAUUACUUAUUUUAGAGCUGGCUCUUCUUUCUUUGGAGACAUUUUGCAGCAAAACUGGAAGACAUUUUACCAUUUCGAACCAUUACAUUCAAUGACAUACAACAAGCGUGUCGAUGAUGAUAAGAUGCCUCAAGUCUUUAAUUUGUUCAAUGACAUAUUUACUUGCAAUUUUACUGAACAGAAGGCUUAUAUGGACUGGGUGAAGCAACCGCGUAAUCAGUUUUUGUUUUCUCACAAUUUGUUUCUAUGGGUUACAUGUCACAGUAAUCCAAGAACUUGUUUCAAUCCUUCAUUUGUCAAUGCCGUUUGUCUCCGAGCUCCCGUGCAUGUUAUGAAAUUGACCAGACUACAUAUGCACCAUCUCCGAAGCUAUCUGGAGGAGAAUCCAGAUAUGAAGGCUAAAGUCAUUUAUUUGACGAGGGAUCCAAGGGGUAUAGUAAGUUCCAGGUGGACUCUUGACUGGUGCAAUGGAACUAAUUGUUCCGAUCCUGGAGUUCUUUGCCAUGAAAUGGACGAAGACAUAAGAAUCUUCGAAGAGCUUCAGCAGCAGCAACCUUCGAACUUCAUCAAAGUUCGUUAUGAAGAUUUAUCUUUAAAUCCAGAAGCUGAAGCUGAGAAGCUGUUUCGCUUUUUGCAUUUGCCAUUCUCACCUUCUGUAAAAAAGUUUUUAAAAACUCAUACAGUUAGUCGCAAAAACGACGAUAAAAAUCCCUACUCGACUCGCCGGAACAGCACUACUAUGGCGUUCAGCUGGCGUGAGCGUUUUUCCUACAAGCAGAUACAAGAAGUUCAAUCGCAAUGUAGUGAUGUUUUACUCAAGUUGAAUCAUUCGCUAAUUCUUUCACCAAAUGAACUACCCUAUCCUAAUGGCAAACCCAAGCUCAAAUUACUCAUAGAGAAAGCGAAUUCUGAUAUUACACGAAAAGGAAUCGCUACACUCGUCGAAACGAAAAGGAAUAAAUUAUUGAAAUCUCAUACCAGUUGAUUAAAUACAUUUGCAAGAGACUGUAGAAUGUUAGUCCCUGUAUCGAACGUAGUAAGAGAGUUGUGACCUACAAUUUCAAAAUUGAUUAGAUUGAGGUUGCGAAAGCGAUAUAUCGCAGUCAGUUACCACACAUGGUCAAGUUUCUCCCUAACUUCCUUUUCUUAAUCUGUGGCAAAAUCAGGUUAAUAAUAAAGGGAUCAUUCACACUACAUGCGUAAAAUUUGCGUGUGCGAAUUUGGAGAGGUGAAUUAGAACUUGAUUGGAGAAAUUACCCGCGAAAAACUUGCAUAUCUCUCGCAGAUGCGAUAUUUUCGCACUCCGUUUGAAUGCUCCUUCAUAAAUCUAAGUUUUUUCUUUUGCUUGCAGAAAAAGCGGUAAAUUACAGCAAAGUUGUUUAAUUUAUUGAAUAACUGAUUCAGUUAUUUAAAAUAUGAAAAUAUCGUUUCGAAAUUAAUAACUUUUUAAUAAGACGGAAAGAGUAUCUAUACUCUGAGUUGUUAUGAUUAAUUGAAAAAACAAUAACUCUCUUAACUACUUUAGAUUUAGGAACUCAACAGAAUAUCAGGAAAAAUUACUAUUAAUUAAUGCUGCGUUCAGUGCUUUACAGUGCUUAAAUUAUUUUUAAUUUUAAUGGUGGAUAAUUUAUUAAUAUUGACUUAUCAACAAUUAAUAGGAAAAUUUUGCGCUUAAAAAAUUGAAAUGAAACAAUGCGAAAUUUUUAACACAUUAUUCUUAAAGAUAUUGGAUUUCAUAAAUUAAUUUCAAUUUUAGCCUUGACAUCCUAUUUUAACCCCGCAGCUGCAAUUUUAAACUUGUUCUAUUGAAUUUUGCUGUUGCCCGAAUUUUAUCCUAGUUUUAGGCGCUGUAAUAGCCUAAAAUGUUGCUCUUAUGCCAAAAGUCUACAACACUCACUCGCUUUAAUGAAUAAUUAAAGAUUAUGAAUAUAUAUAUAUAUAAUUAAUUGUUUAAUCAAAUGUUAAUCUUGUUAAAUCAUCGGAAUUGUAAUUGCAUGAAGUUACCUGCGUAUAUAGCAGUAAUGUAUAAUGAUUUAAAUGCAAGGAUUUUUUUUUCUCUGCCAUAGUGGAACUUCUAUUAAGUAAGUUCCUGUUGAAGUUUUGAAGUUCCUAUAUUUCUUGUUUGCUUGGUUUAAAGUAAUGGUACUUUUCUUUUAUUAGAACUGCACUUUAUUCUAACUAACAUUAACUUAAGGGGGGGGGGAAGCAGUUAUCAUUUAUAGCCUGUUGACAGCUAUACUUUAAUAUUCACUGAAUAAGAAAAAAAUCAGUUGCUAUUCAUAAUCUAUAAUUUGUCGUUGGUAACUCGUCUGUAGAAACGAGUCACAUUUUUUUCCCUUCAUAUUUUUAAAAUUUGAUGCGAGGUAUCAAUGAAAGGAAUGUACCAAUAACUUUACUCCUUCAUUUUCGUUUUAAGGGACAGUUUUUCAUAUCAUGUGAUACUUAGGAAUGUAUAGUUAGUUUUUCUACGGAUUAUUUUUCAUUGCAAAUUGCAAUGUGUUGUAUUUUGAUAUAUUUGUCAAAUAAACUACUUUUUUUUAUUAAAAAAA